UUUCGUGUGCUUCUUUCAGCAUGAUAGUGGGAUCGUACUGUCACAAAAUUGUCUUAGAGAGGGAAUGCAUGUCAUGUACCCGGAGUCGGCGUCGCAAUACCACAGCAGUCAGCCCCAGUGCCCGCAGCCAGAGUACCAGCCGGCAGCAUCGCCGGCCUUUCAGCAGCCAGCUAAGAAGCGCCGCUUACUGAGCCCCACACAAACGCAACACCAUAACGGAAUACCACACGCACAGCUUGACAACAGCGGCUACAAGGGUAAUGAAGACUCUUCAACGUGUAUUUUGAAAAGAAACUGGGAAUUUUAUGAGAGAGAACAAGUGGUGGUCAGGCGUCGGGCCGGGCUGCUGCACCGCGCCCGCCGUGCCGAGUCGCGCGUGCGAUGCGGAGCGGUCCCCGCCGCCCGCGCCGCCUCCCGCUCCGCCUGUGCUUUGCGCCAGACCCUGCUGUCGCGACGCCACAGUCGCAGAUAGCAUUGAACCUCGUCGCGUCGUCGUUGAACAAGUCGGCAGCGGCGGCGGCGCGGGCGCGAGCGGCGCGCGGCACAAGACGGCUCCCCAGGCCGCAACGACGACGGCACACAGCAAGCAGCUGGCGGCGGGCGGGGCCAACCACCCGCCCCAGCCGCAAGGUAACCAUAAACAUCCACAAGGAAACAAAAAAUAUGAUAAUUCUAGAAGACCGACAGCUCGAACAAAACGCUCCGGCUGUGGUGGCGAUGGCGACUACCAGCUGGUGCAACAUGAGGUGCUCUACUCCUCGUCCAAUAGGUACGAGGUGUUGGAGUUCCUCGGCAGAGGUACGUUCGGGCAGGUGGUAAAGUGCUGGAAGAAAGGCACUAAUGAGAUAGUCGCCAUCAAGAUCCUCAAAAACCACCCUAGCUAUGCCCGCCAAGGACAGAUUGAGGUAUCUAUUUUGUCCCGGCUCUCGCAGGAGUCAGCGGAUGAAUUCAAUUUCGUCCGAGCGUAUGAAUGCUUCCAGCACCGCUCACACACAUGUCUUGUGUUUGAGAUGCUGGAGCAGAACUUGUAUGACUUUCUUAAGCAGAACAAGUUCUCGCCGCUGCCUCUCAAAUACAUCAGGCCUAUACUCCAGCAAGUCCUCACGGCGUUACUUAAACUUAAACAACUGGGUCUAAUACACGCGGAUCUGAAGCCAGAAAACAUAAUGUUAGUUGAACCAGCGCGACAGCCAUACAGAGUCAAAGUCAUCGACUUUGGAAGCGCUUCACAUGUCAGCAAGGCUGUCUGUAAUACGUACUUGCAGAGCAGAUACUACAGAGCACCGGAGAUAAUCUUGGGGCUUGCGUUCUGCGAAGCUAUCGACAUGUGGUCGUUGGGCUGUGUUGUCGCGGAGUUGUUCCUGGGCUGGCCGCUGUACCCCGGCUCGUCGGAGUACGACCAGAUCCGGUACAUCUCACAAACGCAGGGUUUGCCAACUGAACACAUGCUCAAUAGCGCUAGCAAGACGGCGAAGUUCUUUUAUCGUGAUGUAGACAGUACAUACCCAUUCUGGCGUUUGAAGACCCCUGAGGAACAUGAGCUGGAGACAGGCAUUAAAAGCAAAGAAGCCAGGAAGUACAUCUUCAACUGCCUUGAUGACAUAGGCCAGGUUAAUGUACCGACGGACCUUGAAGGCGGCCAACUUUUAGCUGAGAAAGCAGACAGAAGGGAGUUUAUUGAUUUACUGAAGAGAAUGCUCACUAUGGACCAGGAAAGACGAAUAACUCCUGGUGAAGCAUUGAACCAUGCUUUCGUGACACUCGCCCAUCUCGUGGACUACGCGCACUGCAACAACGUCAAGGCGUCCGUUCAAAUGAUGGAGGUAUGUCGUCGUUCAGGCGGCGGCGUGGGCGGUGUGGGCGGCGUGGGCGGUGGUGGCGCGGAGUAUGUGUCGGGCGUCGUGGCCGGCGCCGCGCCGCCGCACCAUCUCGCGCUCACCAUCAACCAACAGAGGCUCAGGGCGGCGCCUUAUGACAACCUUUACCAGUUAUACCAGGGCGGUCGUGUAGCAGUGGGAGGUGCCCGCCAGUACGCGACGCGUGCUGCAGAACCAUUCCCUCAUCAAUUCGUCUCGUCCAUCCUCUGCCAGCCAGCAUACCAGUACGAGCUCCACCAGGUGCAGCAGCUCGCUGCGGCCGCUGCAGCCGCCGCCGCCGCGCACCAUCAGCACGGCGUGGCGGGCGUCGCAGGCGUGGCUGGCGUGGCCGGCGUGCCAGGCGUGGCCGGCGUGCCGGGCGUGGGAGACGUGAGCGGCGUGGCAGAAUGGCGCGCACCUCUCAUCGUGGAACCAGCGCCCAUGCCUGAACCUGAUGUAUGGGAUGCCUUCCAUCCACAUCAUCCGCAACAUCAUCACCCGCAUAAGAGAUCUACAAAGCAGCAGACGACGGUGCCGCACUACCAACCGCACCACCAAACGCAUCAAUACAGUAUGGCAAGCAGCGGCGGUAAGAAGGAGCCGACACAACUGUCGCCGGUGAAGAAGCGGGUGAAGGAAGGGACUCCGCCAUCUAGGCAUAGGCAUCAUCAUCACGACCACACUGUCCGCGGCGGCGCGUGGGAGGGCGGCGCGGGCGGCGCGGGCGCGGCGCACACGAUCACGAUCCGCGACACGCCGUCGCCCGCCGUCUCCGUCAUCACCAUCUCCGACUCCGACGACGACAACGACGCGCCGCGCCGCGCCAGGCACCCGCAGCCGCACAACAAUACUGGCGGCAACGGUGAGUGCUUAAGCGGUGCGGUGGCGGGUACAAGCUCGGGCUCCGGCGGCGUCAUAUGUAGCGCGCGCUCGCCCAAGGACGACAAACAUGUCAAGCAUGAACCGCACCAGAACUGUCACCAUCAUCAUCAGCAACCCCAGCCGCAACAGUCAUCAGCGGCGUCCCAGCCGGCGCCGGGUCCGCAGGGCGCGCCGCCGCCGGGCCCGGCGCGGGCGGGCGCCGCCGUGCCCGUGGCCACCCCGCAGAGCCAGAAGAAGCGGCUGCUGGCCCUGGCGCAGCAGGAGGCGCAGGCCAAGCGGGAACACGAACAUGUACACUCACAUCUACCUCCCAGCGGGUCAACAGUACGUCAAACGAACGACUAUCAAUGCAACCAGUAUGUGCCGGCGCAGCACAAUAAGAGAGAUAGUAGCGGCGGUUGUCGCGAGUACCUGACUAAUGGAGCUGGAGUAAGCGGAGUGAACGGCGUGGGUGGCGUGAGCGGCGUGAGUGGCGUGAGCGGCGUGAGUGUGAGCGUGAGCGGCCCCCCCGCGGCUCACAAGCACGCCGCGCCCCACGCCUGGCACCACCACCCACAUCCACACUACAAGACCGGUAGUGGUGGAGUAUUGUCCCCGGGCGGGGGAGUGUCCCCCGGAUAUUUGCCGCCACCUCUAUACGUACCUACAUACCACUAUCAUACUGGCGGCGUAGGCGGCGUGGGCGGCGUGGGCGCGCCCCCGCCGGCGCACCACGCGUCUGGCGGACGCCUGCCGACGUACCUGCAGCCGUACUCGCCGACGUACCUGGUCCCGCCGCAGCAGCACCUGUGGUACACGGACUGA